AUGGAUGCUUACUCCGGCUAUAAUCAAAUUAUGAUGUACGAUGAUGACAAGGCGAAGACCUCUUUCAUCAUCGAAAGAGGGACCUACUGCUACAAGGUCAUGCCCUUUGGGCUAAAGAACGCCGGAGCAACCUACCAAAGGCUCGUGAAUAAAAUUUUCAAGGAGCAGAUCGGCAGAACCAUGGAGGUGUAA